GUAGUUGAACAUGUGCGCAAACAGUGUUUUUUGGAAAUACGAACCUGCUACUGUAGUGUCAGUUCGAGCAUCCGUCUGCAUCGAAACAGGUGAGCGAACAGAGCCUGCAACCGCAGUGAGCGGCAUACCAGUGUUUAUUGGUCACCGGUAGGCUACUCGGGAGCCCUCAGCGGAUGUCCACUGUUACCGUGUGUACGUGAUGAGGGACGACGGGUUUGAAACACACCUCUGGGGUGGGGGAUCUGCUGGUAGCCAGCACCAAUCUGAGAAGGGUAGAAGGAGGGGGCGGGAAGGUUAGUUUGAAGAGGGCAGGCUUUCCACGAUGACAGCGCUUUCCUUCUCAUCAUUUCCCCGUAACAAAAAAAACCCACUUCAAAAUCCAGUGGAAUAAGAAUUUCCGGAGAAAUCAGUUGGGCCAAAACAGCGCCGAUUGACGGAAAGAAAAUCAAAAGUGGGAAGAAAAUAAGAGCAAGAAGAAACGUUGUUUUCUGGGUUUUGGGCCGUAGUUUGAGAUGGCUGCCACUCUCCGGAAACUUGCAGUAUUUGUGUCAGGCAUGUGGAUCUGCCUCCUGCUCCUCAACCCCUUUCCACAAACCGGGGCAGUGGUUGGGCACAGAGAGCCGUUGCCUGACGACAGUAGAGACAACAUCACCAUUUUCACCCGGAUCCUGGACAGACUGCUGGAUGGCUACGACAACCGCCUGCGCCCCGGGCUGGGAGCAGAGAGUGUGACGGAGGUGAGGACAAAUAUCUACGUGACCAGCUUUGGACCGGUGUCAGACACAGACAUGGAGUACACCAUCGAUGUGUUCUUCCGUCAAAGCUGGAGGGAUGAGAGGCUGAAGUUCGACGGGCCCAUGCAGGUCCUGCCUCUUAACAACCUCCUGGCCAGUAAGAUCUGGACUCCAGACACCUUCUUCCACAACGGGAAGAAAUCUGUGGCCCACAACAUGACCACGCCCAACAAACUGCUACGACUGGUGGACAACGGUACCCUGCUUUACACUAUGAGGCUGACCAUCCAUGCUGAGUGUCCCAUGCACUUGGAGGAUUUCCCCAUGGAUACACACGCCUGUCCUCUGAAGUUUGGAAGCUAUGCGUAUACCAACAACGAAGUUGUCUAUAUCUGGACCAAAGGAGAUGAAGAUUCUGUAGUCGUAGCGAAGGAUGGUUCAAGGCUAAACCAGUAUGAUCUACUAGGCCACGAUAUUGGGAAAGAAUCUAUGAGUUCCAGCACAGGAGAAUAUGUAGUGAUGACAACGUAUUUCCAUUUGAAAAGGAAAAUUGGCUAUUUUGUGAUUCAAACCUACCUCCCGUGCAUCAUGACUGUCAUCCUGUCUCAGGUCUCCUUCUGGCUAAACAGAGAGUCGGUUCCCGCCCGCACUGUAUUCGGGGUCACAACAGUUCUGACCAUGACAACCCUGAGUAUCAGUGCCAGAAACUCCCUGCCCAAGGUGGCCUAUGCUACAGCUAUGGACUGGUUCAUGGCAGUAUGCUAUGCCUUUGUCUUCUCUGCCCUGAUAGAGUUUGCCACAGUUAACUAUUUCACCAAGCGCAGCUGGGCAUGGGACGGCAAGAAGGAGGCCCAGGAGAUGAGGAGAAGAGAAUCUGCCUCCCUUUCCAAAAAGGCCAAUAACACAUUCAACAUUGUCGGAACUACCUACACCAUCAACGUGGUAAAGGACCCAGGUUUAACCACCGUCUCAAGGAGUGCCACCAGAGCUACACACCACCACCACCACCACAGCCACAAGGUCCCUAAAAUGGACGACUCAUACGUUGAAGCCAUAAAGUCCUACAACCGCGUCAGCAGAGUGGACAAGAUCUCACGCAUCAUCUUCCCAGUGCUGUUCUUCAUCUUCAACCUGGUCUAUUGGGCCACGUACAUCAACAGCAAGCCGCGCGCCAUCCUCUCCCCCAGGUCCACCACCCACAAUUAGAGUCUCCCCGACAAACUAUUAGGCUGAGGUGGCAGGAGGCCAAGAGAUCCACGACAUGUUAUUGUAUCAUUGUUUUGGACUUCAUUUUGAUAUUUGCAAGUCUCAAUAGGUCAAAGACAAACAUUCUCUUAGAUUUGUAUGUACAUGGUCAAACUAAAAAUGCUAAUUUGUUGUUUCCUGAUUAUAUGUUUCUUUGAUAGAAUAGGUGUUUUGGAUAUGCUUUCUCUUCACUCUGACAUGAUAAGGGGGAGCAUGUGUUUGAAUCCUUCAUGAUAGCUCAUUACAGAGGAUCAGGUCCUGGUGCAUCACACACAUACACACACACACACCAUUCACUCUGAAUUGUGUCAGAAUGCAGCAAGGAGAGCCAUUGGCUUAUUGUCGCUAUGGUGGGCUCUUAUAGCCAGGGGCAGCCUGUACAGAUCCAUUGGAACAUCAUUAAUAAUCCUCAGUGUCUGCCCUUCUGCUAGCGCUGAAUCUCAACAGACCCAACGCAAUAUCAUCUGGAAUUGCUUUUGUGUCCUAUGGGCCUGCCUGUGCAUUUUCCAGUCCAGUGACUUUUAUUGUUUUAACAGGCUGAGUAUGCUCAAAGAGAAAGAAGCCGUGUGCCUUUUUGAAUACCCACAUCUUUAAGAUAAAGCUUUUGGCACACGCAAACACACACACACACACACAAGCACACUGGUGUCCAUAUGGUUUGGGCCUGUGUGCGGAAGCUCCCCCUUCUCUCCCUCCUCGUACAGCCCAUGGUCACCGGUGGACAUGGUCAGCGAGGGUAAAAUCUCUAAAGCAUGGAUGAAACGUAAUCAUAAUAUGACUGAUGCAGCAUUAUAAAAUAUUCUCUAUGUACAUUGUCAGCCUCUGUCAUAAUAUUCGGACACCAUUACCUCAGACUGAAGUCUAAUAUACAUAACAGUUAAUUUGUAUAGUAAGGCAUUCAUUGGUUAAUUUAUUCAACCAUGUUCUAUCUAUAGUAAAUAUUCUUGACUUUUCAGUUAAUAGUGGAUGUUUUCUGAUGAAAGCGUUGACCCUUGUGCCUGUUUGUGGGUUUUUUUUCUCUCCAUGGGAUUAUGAUACAAGUUUGAGGCCCCAUUUAGAAAAAGACAACUUAUUUUUUAAGAUACUCGUUUCCAUGUUGCCAUUCCCAUUCUAUAUAUUUGGUUUUAUUUGUGUGUACAGGGAUGGUCAAAAAUCAAAUAAAAAUACAAUUGCAUAAUACAUUUUCAAAAUACCAUAAAGAUCAAUAUAUCAAAAUAAACUACAAAAUACCUAGAUUUUUUUAUGUAUUUAAUUCAAAUACAUGUAUUUUGUAUUUUAAAAUACAGAAAUAUAUUUGCAAGUAGCUGGCCCGAAGAGCAAUAACAUUCUCAGUAACGAUUACAGAAACAUUUUACUUGCUAUAACUGUAAUAUGUUUGUUGUUUAUGUACCUUAGUUGAAUACACUGACUGUAAGUCACUCUGGAUAAGAGUGUCUGCUAAAUGACCAAAAUGUAAAUGUAUUUAUGAAAAUGAACAUGUCAAACGGAACUGCAAAGCACACUUGGUAUUAUUAUUAUCCUUGUGUCGGGUGGAGCUCAUUAUAAUAAUACCCAGCAUGCUUUGCAAUUGUCCAUUUUUACAUUUACAAUUAUAUUUAGUUCAUUUAGCAGAUGCACUUAUCACACCAUAGUGCCAUCAGACUUCUGAUACCAAUUCAGGGGGAGAGGGGGCUACAACAUUGUGAACCGCUAUUAAAAAUAAAUGGUAUAGAAAAGUAUUUUGUAUUUAGAAAAUACAUAUUACAGCUCUCAAACGUAACUUCUUACAAAAUACAUUGUAGUGUAGUUCAGCCCAGUGUAAUACAAAUGACAAAAUACUCAGAAGUGUUAAGGUAAAAUAUGUUGUGCUCAAAUCAUAUAGCCUGUACAUGGCGAUGAUAAUAGCUGCUGUGAAAGUAAUGACGUUGCACGGGACUUUUCCCAUGGGUUUCCAGGGAGUUCUGUGAGUGCUAAGCAGAUGACUUUUCCAGAACCCAAAAUAUGUUCUCAACCAUCUCUCAAACCAAGACUACGUUCAAAGGAGAAACGCCUUUCAAAUGGAUAGAAUGGAAACUAUUUUAUUGUGACUUCUCUGAAAGUGUGUUAAAAAACACAAACCAUGUACAAUGUAUCAAACAUAUGCAUGACAAUCUGUACAUGUGGAAGUCUGCAACCUCCAGUAAUGCUGUUUGUCAUAUUGAACUGUAAGGCUUUAGUAUCAGUGUUUCAGUUGCUAACUAAGAUACUGUGUAGUAUUCCAUCUCUGUUGGAGCUGGGGGUUGUCCUUCUAGCAGGGCCAGGGGUUGAUAGCUACAGGAAGGACACUUAUCAUCAUAAAAUCGGAUAUGGAAUAUAUUUAUAUAUGAAUACAUACAUAGUAAAUAUAUUUAUGCUAAUUAACACAUGCAAUAUAAGACAUUAUAUACAUGUUAUAUAUGAUAUAGCCUAUACAGUAUCGUGGGUAGAAAGCAGUAGAGAAACAAAUAGACACAUGAAUACAAUAUUUAAACUAAGGGCAAAUACUUUAAUUACAACACAAAAUAGUAAUUUGUGAAUUUUGUAGAUAUUGUGAAUCCAACUGUAAUAGAGCGUUUGUGAAAUAUAAUUAAGUCAGGUUUCCUAUUGAUCAGUAUUGCAGUCUUAAUGUACAUUCAGCUCUAAAACACCAUCAAUGCUAUGGGAGAUUGCCGUUGGUGUAGCCCAAAGGCCGGCAGGUGGCGAUAUUGAGUCGUUUUAUCUUAACGUCCUUAACAUUCUUAACGGAAUGUAUGCAGCCGGUUAUAUACUCGUAUCCCUCGUGGACCGGUUCGAACGUAAAACAUUCUCCAUUCAGGCUGCAAACUUGAUUUAAUGACAAGAAGGUGGGAUUAAAACAUGGAAAAAUGUGCAUACUUUAUGAAACACCAUUUUCCAACACCAUGCUACUUCCUGCGAUCAGACCAAGGGUAAACAACAGAUUGCUGCAACUUGAUUGGCUGAGCACUUUGGGCUAACAUGGGUGAUGCUUGGCGUCUGACAUCUUGGCAAGAUGAAUACUUUGCAUGCCCUUUUCAUACCUAACUGAACGAGCAGAUGCCUUGUCUACAAGUGAUGCUGCUCUACACACUGUACUCUGUUCUCCAUUCUAACUGCACUGAGGGAGUGGAGACCUCCACAAAGAGAGCUCCCGGAUUACUAUGGACUCUGGAAGUAGCACUCUUUACUGGCCAUGCUAGUUGUUGCAAUCCCAUGUUGAAGUGUCUCUCCCCUGUCUCUCAAUGACAGGACCCUGGGUGUUGGAGAGCCAUUUCUGUAUAUUGUCUACUCGCCGCUUGGCAAAUAACAAAUAGCAGUUGGGAUUUCAAGGACAUUGCAUGUGGACACAAAAAAAGUUUAGGGAAAAAAUCUGCCCAAGAAAAAUCCACCCAAGUAAUUUGGUUUGUUUUGACAUGUGGAUCAUUGAAACAUCAAUCUUGUGCCUCUUGGUAGUUACCUCUGUCACGUGGGAAGUGCUCUAGCGCAUGCUAGUAAUUUUGUUUGCAGUGUUGACACUGCGAUUCAAUGCAAAAAGGUUGCACGACGGAACGAGGAAAUCCUAUAGGGGACAGGGCACGGCCUGCACAAUCUGUGUUGCAAUGCUUGAUAGCACCAAGGAACAGUCAACUGAAACUUGGAGUGUUAUUUCUGUGAGGUACUGUAUACAAAUGCAAGGACGGCAGAUGCUGCUUAUAGACAUGAUUCAGUAGUGUCCACACUUUUUAUUUAGUGGAGAAUGGUAGGGGGUCAUUGUGAAUCACCUCACAGAUUAAAUAUAGUUAUGAUCCACUGGGCAAAAACUGGGUGAAUCAACGUUGUUUCAAAUUAAUUUGUCAACGUAAUUUGUCAACGUAUUGUGACGUGGAAAGUACAUUGGAUUUCAAAAAAGUACAGUUUUCAUCUCAUUUCAACCAGCUUAGGUAAACAUUGAAAUGAGGGUAAAACUUCAAAUUAAAUACUUUGACUUAUCUGACUAACAGGUUGUUACAUCAAUGUCAUUUCAACAUAAUCAUCAGAACUAUGUAUAGAUUGAAAUUGCAUUGAAAAUAUUUUUCAUCCUAUAUUAAAUAUAUUGAGUGGUUGAAUUACAUAUUUGAUUAGACAUAUUUAAUUUGUCCUUGUUUCAAUAGUAAAAUGGUAUGUUUGAAUAAACAUAAUUAACCGAAAUAAAGAACUACCUGUAUAUUGAAAUAAAAGGUGAAGCCACAGUCUGCCUGAACAGUGCCUCCUAGUGGUGUACGAGAGGUAAUACAGUUCAGAGGGAACAAGUCUACCAUCCAGAUGCCCAUCUCUGUGUACGCUGCUUAGCUUUGGAAUGUAUUUAAGUUGAAGUUUGGCCCUAAUUUCAAUGUUUACUAUGCUGGUUGAAAUGAGAUGAAAACAGUACUGGUUGAUUACUUUUUUCAAAACCAAUGUAUUUUUCACGUUGGUCACACAUCACAAUACGUUGACAAAUGACAUUGAAACAAUGUUGAUUCAACCAGUGUUUGACCAGUUGGUGGGCAAUAGGAAUGUAGAUGUCUGCCUAAAUACAGUGCCUUGCGAAAGUAUUCGGCCCCCUUGAACUUUGCGACCUUUUGCCACAU